CUCUACUACUACUACUACUAUAUAAACCUAAUCUCACUCUUCAAUUCUUCAAACAUACUAGCUACUAUUCCACUCUUCAAAUCGAUUCGAAUCUGUUUAUAACAAAGAGCUCUAGACUUCAAUUUGUCCAAGAAAAACUACUAUUUCAACUAGUCAAGUUCUUUGAAAUUAAUGGCACUCGAAGCUCUGAGUUCCCCCACAGCUCUUGCAAUGUCGAAGUCAGUGUUUGACUUCGACAGGAGCAGGGGAAAGCGCACCAAGCGCCCCUGCAGCCGCGAGCCAACCGAGGAGGAGUACUUGGCUCUCUGCCUCGUCAUGCUCGCUCGCGGCGGCCCCACCUCCACCUCAGCGCGGCUGCAGAAGAAAGCGCCCGCGGUGGAUCCUUCCGAGCUCAAGUAUAAGUGCUCUGUUUGCGACAAGGCUUUCGGGUCCUACCAAGCCUUGGGAGGGCACAAGGCCAGCCACCGCAAGCUCAGCGCCGAUCACAACCACGCCGCCGCCGCGACCGGCACGGCUUCGGCGGCGAGCGGCGGAGGGAGGACGCACGAGUGCUCCAUAUGCCACAAGAGUUUUGCCACGGGGCAGGCCUUGGGAGGCCACAAGCGCCGCCACUACGACGGCGGAAGCAGCGGCGUGACGACGACAUCGGAAGGGGUGGGGUCCACCGGAUCGGUCCGGAACUUCGACUUGAAUCUGCCGGCUAAGCCGGAAUUUUGGCUCGGUUUUGGCGGCGACGAUGAGGUUGAAAGUCCACACCCUUUGAAGAAGUCGCGCCUUGGAAAUUUUCUCAAUAUUUAGUUUUAGGAUUUUUUUUGAAAUUUUUAUUUUUUGGUAGGGAAGAUGUGUUUUUGGUGUACGUAUGAAGAAGAUUAAUUCAUUGAUUUAUAUAGUUACUGAAUUUUGCGAGAA